CACAAAAAUGGCGACUAGUCCAGGAAUUUCCUGGGCAGUCAACAUAAAACCGAUAUUAGCAGCAUCGUAUUCGUCUUUUAAUAAGGCAAACAUACAAGAGUUUAGCAAUGCUAUCGUAGCAAGCAAACAAGACAUACUGAUUCAUGAUGAUGUGUAUGACCCGUUCUAUUCAUCGUUCAUUGGGCUUGCCGCACAUUACCUCAGCACCUGUGCGGGAGAUGUGGCUGCCCCACACCUGGCCAGCAUAUCUGGGGCGUGUAAAGUGCUCUUGGAAUACUUGCUGUCAAGGAUACAGCACCACACAGAAGGCUGUGCCAUAUCACAGGAGACACUGAUGGUACUGAUCAAGGGCCUGUGUACUGGACAGAGUUAUCUGCCCCAAAGUGAGGAGGUCACCAUCAAAAGCAGGCUGAAGUCUGCCCAGUGUCCUCCCUGUGUCCAGCAAGCAGAAAUAAAUGCAGAAGAGAUGGCUAAGCAGGAGGUGAAGAGGUCGAGGCUGGAGUGCGAGGUCAACAUCUUCAACCAGAUGACCUCUGUCUUUGACGAGAUUCUCACCCUGAGUCCCUCCCCAAUGGUCGUCAAGGGAGACCCCAUGACGACCGAUUCGGUCACUGUCGACGGAGAUGUGACCAUUGUACAUAUUGCUGAGUCAUCAGAAGAAAUGAAGAACCUGUUUAAGACAAGGAACCUUGCCAGUCUGAACCAGCUGAAUGGCGGUAACAUUCUGCUAGACAUGUGCACACAGCUGCUCACAAUGGAGAAGUAUACCCAGCGGUACCGUGACGCCCUUGGAGGAUCCAACAUGGUCAUGCCAACAACCCUGUCCGAGGCCCUGACUACCCGUAACAGUUUGAAGAUCCAUCUCGACGAGAUCUCCAUCAUCUGGAUGGUGGUAUCACUGCCGAUCCUGGAGCCCCUGACGGUGAAGCGUCUAGAGAAGAUCAUCACCGUGACGAUGGGGUGCCUGUACCUGGCGGUCACCACGGCAACCACCAGCACCAUUAUCAACCUGGCCAGUGCCACGCCCACCAAGGUGACGCCCACCACCAAGGAGGAGGAAGUGGACGGGUAUGCUGUCAGCAUUGUCAACAAGGCGCUUGAGAUAUACAACAACGUGUCCAUGGCAAUUCACAACUCUACACGAGCAGGGGGAAAUAUUGCACAGAACUUGAACCUGCUCGGUUCUUGGCUGCUCCUUGAGGGGCUCAGAGGGAUCCAGAAUCUGACCCCUGGGAUGGUACUGGAGAGGAAGGAGACCAAGGGUCGUCCUGUGGGAGGGGCGCCGACCGAGGCACCCCCGGGGAAGGGAGGGGCCAGCCUGGCGAGACCUGGGUCAGGAAAGGGGUCCAGCCAGGGACUGGGUUGCCUGUCAGUGGCCCUGGGAAAACAUGCCGUCACCCUUCUACAGAGGUUGUUUGAUGACCUACAAACAGAGGGUGCGAUGCCAUCACUAUCUGGGAGCUCGCAGUCACCUGGCCUUCAGCAGGCCAGUCCAGGGAAAGGCCUAGACCUGACACUGUUGGCUCCAUUUCCAGCAUGGAAACGCAUCCAGAAACUCCUGGCCGCUGUUCACAUACCAGACCUACUGUUUUCACUGGUGCCAACUGCACUGAGAAAGGCAGUGCAGUUGAAGCGACAGAAGCCUGGAUCCGAGAGCUCUGAGACCAGCAGCAGUAGCACCUCCGACUCCAACACCUUCUACGAGGAUGACUUCAGCUGCUCUGACGAUAGCUCUGUGGAGGAAGACGAUGACUGUGAGCCGAUACUGGGCCACUGGAUGGAGGGGAUCAUGUCCCCUUCAGAGCCCAAGCCCUCCACUCCACCCCCCUCUCUACCCCCAAGGUUUGACCCUGGUGACCCAAUGGGCGGGGGCAAAAGGUCACGAAAGGUCAGCACAGGGGACGGGAGCCACCUGGUUCCUGACAGACGCGAGUCAGAUGCGUACCUUAGCCUGGCGUCCAGCGUGCUACAGUUCCUAAGCCGCUACUUUGUGAACACCUCCGAUGAGAUGCUGCAGCGUUACCUGCGAGACUCCCUCACCGAGGACCACAUGGUUACCUUGGCAACCGUUGUCAAGGAGAUGGACCGAGAGUCUGCACGGUUCACUGCAGACAAAGGAGACCAAAACUAUGAUGAACUGUCAGUUUCCCUGUCCAGGUUCAAUCACAAUCUCAUCGCUACAGGCUGCAUAAGUGACACACUUCAGCAAAACCUGCUGCACAACCUUGGAGUGGACCCAUGCGAAGGCGACACCUGGCCCCUGAGCGUCUACCCCCGGACGCUUGCCAUCCUUGCUGAGGUUCUGUUGCUACGGCAACAGAGGGAGCGAGAGGUCAAGGCCAUGGUGAGCCAGAUGGAGCCGGUCAUCAUGCAGAUCUGGACCCGCUUCAUGACCACACUGACCAACGCCUGCCUGACCACCAGCGGCAAGCCAGACCCCAAUGAUGAUGUGAACGUGGAGCACAUGCAACUGCUGCUGUUCUUGUUCCACUCCCUCCACCUCAUGCAGAAGAAGCAGUUGCUGCUGUUGCUGGCACAGAAUGUCGUGCGCUGUGGCGCCAUGGACGAACAGCCAAUGCUGGGCCGGGUCCCCCAGUCCCUGUGCAGACUGAUGCUGAUACUGGAAUACAUGCUGCACAACUUCUAUGACCCGCCACCGGAACUUCAGGAACAGGUACAAUGGAACCUGUUCACGGUGUACACACUGAACCAGUCUAGCGAGGGAGACUCUAUGGAGGGCAGACACAGCAUGUGGUUCCCAAUGACAGAGGUGGAGGAAUCAUUUAGGAAACAGCUCACCUCUCAGGAGCUGACAGAUGUUGGUGUGAUGAAGCCUCGGUUCUACAACAUUGGACCCACACACAUCAACAACCAGCAGACCCCCAGGGUGGAUGGACUGGCCUGCAGCUUCCUUCUGUCCACCCCAGAGCAGUUGGACUACGGUCAGCUCUACAACGCCUGCGUGUCCCUCCUUCUGGCCGGAACAGGGGCGGACAAGGGAGACAACAAGCUGACGCUACUGGAGAGCUGCCUCAUUCACUACAACUACAGCAUCGUCUGGCAGCUGCUGGCCUGCCUGCCCCCCUCGGUGGAGUACCUGAAGCUCCUGGAGGCCCGCACCACCCACAUGUCCCACGCCUACCUGCUGCACACCCUUCGAUGGGGGGCCAGGCUGGGCGAAAAAGCAUUCGCUGGCUGGAUUAAGGACAGCCUGGUGAAACAGGGCCUCACCACACAACAAGCCGAGUCCCUACUGACAGGGGCCAACAAAGGGGCCAACAACAUCGAGUAUGACAUUCAGCUCUGCAUGAACUAUCUACUGGAACAGAGUGACCUGCACCUGUUGCCCCAUGACGUGGUAUUGCCUCCUGAGAGUCUGCCAGGAUUCGGACCGGUGUUGCUUCUCGACACUGUGGCGGGAAAAUUGGCUGUGUCUCUUGACCAGGCCUUUACAUGUACUCCGGUUGACCUGGACCCUCAUACGCUGAUGGACGAGGCCCAUAAACUGCUGGCUCCAGUACUGGUUCUCCUCAGAUACUAUACCAUCUAUGUUAGAUCCAGCAUUCUAGGCCAGCUGUCAUCCCUUCAAGAGGACACCCUGUCAACGCGUCAACUAGAGGCCGUCUCCAGGGUGAUGUGCGUGUCGUCCAGUCGGGCGAGUAAGGUCGCGACCCAGUUGGGGCUUGUGUCCGCCCUGCCAGGCCCUGUGAAGUCGGCCAUUGAUAUGUGGAACAGCAGCCUGAACACUGAUUUUCCCAGCAUGGGAAGCUGGAGGAAUGCGUUUGCCUCUGACAUUCUGCCAGGAGAGAGCUACCUGGAGGCCAUUCAGAAAGUGCAUGUCUGCAAACUGACAGAUGCCAAGUUCAGUCUGACUGGCUCAAUCAAGCAUGUCCUUCAUGCAUUGUGCCGCCUGGCCUCAGAUCUGUCAAGCUGGUGCCCAGACAAGACUCCCAAUGUUGAGAUGUCUCGUCUGAUGUUCCCGCUGCUGUUUGACACGGCCACAGAGUACCUGGCAGACAUGGUAUCAAUGUACCUGGAAAGUCAUGUAGGGCCUGUGGACAGCGAGCCAUAUCUGGAGGAAAUGUACCAGCAUGUGGUGACCAUGAUAAGACAACUCUGUACGGACUACACAGACCAAGAAAGCCAUCUGGAUGAGAACAUCUUCUGUGACUGCAUGAAGUUCCUGGAGAACCACAUCGACAAACCCACAGCCAUGAAGGCCUUUAACAGCUUCUUUGAGGCAGAAAAUCUGCGAGCCUUGCUUGUCUCCUCUUCACUCAAUCACCUGAGCCCAAACUUUGCAGCACGAGUGAUGAAACUGUUCAACAGGCUUCUGCAGCUGAGUGAGAAUGGCAAAAAUGCGAAGAACUUCCAAGGCCUGUGUUCCAAACUACAUCACCUGGCAACUGUAGACUCUGCUGUUUGGCAGGCAUGGCUUGUCAAGUUUGUUGUGCAACCAAAGGGUACGGAUGAAGAACAGUUCUCAGAGAAUCGUCAGCUCCUACAGACAUUUGCCCACCAUCUUAUUCGUCCAGGGUGUCCUGCGGGAGAGGACCUGCCCCGGACCAUUCUGACGGCCUUGCUGCCCCUGGGGGAGGGGCUGCUGACCUCCCUGGGCACAGAGGCCAGUGGGUUCCCUGAAGUGAUGGACGUGCUGCACACGCUAGCUCUUGUGGGGAAGGGGGCUGGUCAUGUAACUCUAUUUAAUGCUGCCACCGUCUGGCUACAGUUGUGUAAAAGCCAUGUCACACAGAAGGAUAUCUUGGAGAAAAUGUUGAGUAGCAGCAAGUCUGGCAAGAAUCUGCUCAGUACCCUCUGUUGCCUGCUGUCCUAUGUGGGUGGGGUACUGGCGGCGGUGAGGAAGGCAGACGACCACGCCGGGGGAGCAGACGAGGUCCCGGAGGAGCGGGAGGUGAUCAGUGUCGCCCAGGAGGCUGACAGCGACUGGGACGAGGAGCUCAGUCACGAGGAGGAAAACACCACCGGCGAGGACUCUCAAGAUGAAGAGUUCAUGAACAACAAGCUGUGUACCUUCACCAUCACACAGAAAGAGUUCAUGAAUCAGCACUGGUACCACUGCCACACAUGUAAGAUGGUGGACGGAGUGGGCGUGUGCACGGUCUGCGCCAAGGUGUGCCACAAGGACCAUGACCUCACGUACGCCAAGUUUGGGUCCUUCUUCUGCGACUGCGGGGCCCGUGAAGAUGGUGCUUGCAAGGCACUGACCAAGCGCACAACCCAGUCUGGAAUGAACAGCAACGAGCUGACGACCCAGUCCCCGUUCACCAUGGAGACCGCGUUACCAAGUUCCCUACGCCGUCGCCUCUCGUCCUCAGUGCAAGCUGACAAAAACAAGAUGGCUGACGUCAAGGACCACGUCGGCAAAGUGAGACAGCUGAAAAGACAACUGGAGGGAAACCAAGAUGCGAUAAUGCAAACAUUGACUGGUUCCCAGACUGUGCAGACUGUGCUUGACAUGCUAGACUGGUUCCUGCCGUCCCUCACUGAGAACUACCAGUCCAUGUCUCCCAUGGGGAGCCUCCAGAGGGCCCAGUCUGCCCUUCGUGAACUACACUCCCAGCAGAAGACCAUAGAGACUACUGACCAGCUCAUGGCAGUGACGCUCGGCUCCCAGGAAGGAGCCUUCGAGAACGUUCGCAUGAGCUACAGCGGGGACCAGGGGCAGCAGAUCCGUCAGCUGGUAACCGGCCACAUGCUCCGGCGGGUGGCGAUGUGCGUGCUGGCGUCUCCUCACGGCAAGCGCCAACACCUCGCCGUGAGUCAUGAGAAGGGGAAGAUCACCAUCCUGCAGCUGUCUGCGCUGCUGAAGCAGGCGGACUCUAGCAAGAAAAAACUCACCCUCACUAGGCUGGCGUCUGCCCCUAUACCCUUCACAGUCCUGUCAAUCACUGGUAACCCCUGCAACGAGGAUUAUCUGGCUGUGUGUGGCUUAAAGGACUGCCACGUGCUGACAUUCACAAGUUCCGGCUCAGUGGCUGACCACCUGGUUCUGCACCCGACCCUGGCCAGUGGUAACUACAUCAUCAAGGCACUGUGGCUGCCUGGGACACAGGCUGAGCUUGCCAUCGUCACUGCAGACUUUAUCAAGAUAUAUAACCUGGCAGCAGAUGCGCUGAGCCCACAGUUCUACUUCCUGUUGCCAAGUGGUAAGGUCCGAGACGCAACGUUCGUGUUCACAGAGGAGGGUCGCUACAUCGCCCUCAUGUCCUCCUCGGGCUACAUCUACUAUGAGGUGAUGGGGGAGACCAGCAACGCCAAGCAUGGGCCCUUCUACAUCACCAACGUGGUGGAGAUCAACCACCCAGAUAUCAAGGAGGUGAAUGGCACGGUGACAGGAGGAGGCGUGUCUAUCUACUUCUCCCACUCUCUGCAACUAAUCUUCUUCAGCUACACACAAGGGAAAAGUUUCUGUGCCCCGUUGGAGAAAGACUUGUCUUCUACACGAGCAAUCUUCCCGAUAUCGUUCAGAAGCUCCAACGGAGGUAGCAAGGGCAGUAACUCUGCCCAGCAGCCGCUGGUUCAGUGGUCCGAGGUCCCGGGCCACAUCGGCCUGCUGUACUGUAUGACCCAGACCACCAACAACCCGGUGGUGCUGAUGGUGCGGCCGGACACCCUCCUCAUACAGGAGAUCAAGGUCACACCGGCCAAGGCCAAGAUUCAGGACGUGGUAGCCAUCAGACACAAUGCCUCCAACUCUGACCAGCAACGUACGACAAUGAUUCUACUUUGUGAAGACGGCAGCCUACGUAUCUACAUGGCCAGCGUGGAACACACCAACCACUGGCUCUCUCCCCUACUGCAGCCCCAGAGUCCCAUAGCCACUCUCAAGACUUCAAAGAAAAAGAAGGCAUCUAAGUCAGGUCGACAAACUGGUUCAGUCAACUUCCCUAUAGACUUCUUUGAGAACUGUCAACAGUCAAAUGACAUAGAGUACGGUGGCAAUGACAUUCUACAGAUCUACAAUACUCAGCAAGUGAAGCACCGCCUCAACACCACCGGCAUGUACAUAGCCAGCACCAAGCCCGCAGGGUUCUCCAUGGAGAUCACCAACACCAACAACACCACAGUGAUGGUUGGACUGCGGGUGUUUGUGGGCAGCCAGGCUGUGGAGCGGGCACCCACGUAUCUGGAGACGUUUGGCCGCACGGUGCAAGUAACCUGCCUGCGUCCGCGCUGGGUCGACGUGCCCUUUACCAAGGAGGAGUCCCUGAACGCGGACAAGAAGUUUACACUGUUUGUUGGCCCCAGCACUGAUGCAGGUGGAGUGACGAUGGUGGACUCCAUUAAAGUAUUCACAAAGACCAAGGAGGUUUUUGGUUGGCCUGAAGAGCCAGAUGAAUUCAGUGAACAGGCGGCCCCUAAGAUAGCCCCUGCAGCCCCCUCUGCUCCAAACGCCCCGGAAACGGAGAAUAAAGGUGUGACCGCAGUUUACCAGCCACUCACGUCUGCUGACAAGUUGCUAAGCAGUGCCCUAGAAGUGUUGGAUGGAGCCUUUGCAGUCAUGCCUAUGGAUGAAAAGCAUCCCCUGAGAGAGAAGGCCCUGGCUACGGCCACUGACCUCCUGACCUUGCCCACCCCGGCCCCUGUACAGCAGCACACGAGGGCCCUGCUGGCAUCACUAUUCACCAACAGGACAGUCUACUUUGCACACAAGGACGAGACAGAGUUGCUCAGCGUAAUAAAAAGUCUCACUGGUGAAGGCGACGCCCCCGUGAUGGACGUUGAGGCGUUCCAAAGACUGCUGGUGACGUCAAGGUCUGUGGCCGUGUCGCGACCUACUAACCUGGUCAAGUUUGCUGAACAGGCCACGCACAGGAACAGAGAUACACAGAAACAAGAUGAAAAAGAGGUCCUGGAAGUUGUUGACCUAGAGAGACCAGAGCCGACCCCAGCCAUUGUGGGACACCUGGAGGGCAGUGAGCGAUGUCACUUCGUCUCACAGAUGAUGCAGGCCUUCUGGAGAUUGCUGGCAGCGAGGCCUGCCAAUCCCAUGCUUGCUCCUGUAUGCCUGCCCGGACUGGCCCACGUGGAAGCGACAGUUUGCGCAAUUGUGGAGAUCAUUCACGCCUUCACGGUCAGCGACCUUGACCAUGUGACCUUGGCCAGCAAGCUGUACGCCCGUCUGCUCCUCGACAGAGACUCAAGCGUGAGCUUCGCAUGCAAGCAGGCUCUGAUACGAGCCCUGAGGCCGAGGGCCAGGAGGAAGAGGGUGUUCAUCCCGUCACCCCCACGAUGCCAUUCUCCAGAAGAAGAAAGAGAAGUGAAGGACAGUAAUCCAGAGACAACAGCUGUUCAGUCUCUUGCAAUAUGUGAGGCUCCAGAUAACAAUGAGGAAGAAGAUAUGGACAUGGAAAUUGUGGAGAGCAGUGAUCCCCUGGUGAUGGAGCCCUCGAACGGAGAGGAUUCCCACCCACUUCAGGCCUUGCUCCAGAGGGCGGCGGGCAGCUUCAACCCGGUGGUGGACAUACCCCCUGACGCUGAUGAUGAGACCAUGGUGGAAUUGGCCAUAGCUCUCAGUCUUCAAGAACAGAAUGGAGGUGGAUUAAAUUUGCAAGGCCUGAGACUGGCUAGCCAGCAACAGAACCGAGGCCAGUACGAUGAAGGUCAGAUGUCCGACACGACAGCGUCGGCACCUGGAAGUGAUGACGAGAUGGGAAGCAAUGCUGCCACCGACGGUUCCACGCUGCGCACCUCUCCGGCAGAACACGCCGGCAGCGCUGGGUCUGAGAGUGGCAACAGCGCGGAGGGCUCCAUCUCAGGCGACCAAAAUGCAAGUGGCCGGAGCAGCGUGUAUGGUGACAGGGAGAGAGGACCCAGGAGUGAGACGAGCAGUCUGGGGGUCCCCAGUGCCUCCCUGCCUCAGGAUGCUGUAGACACAGAGUCAGACAGGGACAGUGCCUCUAAGUUACAUAGUCUGAGGCUGGCUCUGCUUGAACGUCUGCUACAGUACCUGCCGGAUGUGUCCAAGAGGGGCGGGGUGAACGCCAUCCCCUUCAUGCAGGUCAUCCUGAUGCUGACCUCUGACCUGGACUGUGAUGAUGACAAAGACUGUGCGGCCUUGAACUCACUGCUCUCCGUACUGCUUACGGAGCUGAACCUAUCCGGUUCGAGUCUUGAGGCGGUCGACAACCGCACUGAUGCCUUUGAGGUGAAGCUUGUGUACCUGAGACUACUGAGUGUUCUGCUGUCCCGCACAAAGUCAGGGACCAAACCUUCCACUGAGUCGUCAUCGUUUAUCAGCAACAUCUCGGCCACCAUGCUAGUGUCUAGCGGAGCCAUCCCGUAUUGCCUGACCAUCCUGAGAAACCUGCUGCCAUACUGGAGGAACUUCAACCCUGCUGAGGAGGAGAGUGCACCGUUACCAGGGCAACUGUUGAGGCCCCGCCCAACCUCCCCACCCCCGGACAUGUCCCCAUUCUUCCUCCGUCAGUACGUAAGGGGCCACGCCAAUGACGUGUUUGAGGACUACCCACAACUCCUCACUGAAAUGGCCCUCCGCCUGCCAUAUCAGCUGAAGAAGAUUGGAGACUGUGUGUCCAGUGUAUCACGCACAGACUUUGACACAGCGUGGCACACCGUACUGGCCGAGUAUUUGAUGACCCAGCGCACACCAUUCGUCAAGAAACAAGUUCGAAAGCUGCUGCUUUUCAUCUGCGGCACCAAAGAGAAGUACCGAGAGUUGCGGGACCUCCACUCUAUCGAGAUGAACCUGCAGAGUGUUACCAGCCAGUGCCAGAAGAGCGGGCUGUCUGCCGGAGAUGUGGCCCCACACAGCGUUCUCCUCCCAUAUGACUCUCUGCUGGUGCUGAUCGAGCACUUGAAGGUGUGUUCAGACAUCGCAUCCAGCCGUCCAAUCAACUGGCAGAAGUAUUGUCUGGAGCACCCAGAGGUGUUGUUGUUCCUGGUCCGGUCCAGUAUCUCACUGGAUGAGGGGGUGGCCCCUACCUUGCUCCAGCUGCUGCAGUGUGCCCUGUGUGGGGCCCCAGGGGUCAGGGCCAACAGUGCCCCACAGGAGGGACCCACCGCAUCCAGCAACAAACAGGCCAAGGUCAAGGACCCUGGUCAUGAUGCUGAUACAGAGACCGCUAUUCAGAAGCCUGAAGAAAGCCUCUGCAUGAGCCUGAUCAAGCUUCUUAGCUCCCAGAUAUCUGACGGUCUCAUGAUGCAUUUCGUGCGCACGUUCCUUCUCGAGUCCAACUCCACAUCCAUACGUUGGCAGGCCCAUGCCCUGGUGCACCAGAUAUACAAGAACUCUAGUGAUGAUCAACAGGCCAGCCUUCUGGACCUUCUGUGGACCCUCUGGAAAGAACUGCCCAUGUACGGUCGCAAGGCAGCACAGUUUGUGGACCUACUGGGCUACUUUGUUCUUAUCACCCCACAGAACUCGGAGAAAAAGACCAAGGAGUAUCUGGACCAAGCCAUAGACUUGCUGAAGGAUGAGAACCAGAGGCUGGCAAAUCAUCCUAACUCACAGAUCUACAACAUGCUGCAAGGACUGGUAGAUUUCGAUGGUUACUACCUUGAGAGUGACCCAUGCCUGGUGUGCAACAAUCCGGAGGUGCAGCUCAAGAGUGAGAAGCUGACCAACAUGAAGGUAGACAGCAAGUUUACGACGACCACGCAGAUAGUGAAGCUGGUGGGGAGCUAUACCAUCUCAAAGAUCAUUCUGAGAAUCACCGAACUCAAGAGGACCAAAAUGGUUAGAGUGAUGAACAUCUACUAUAACAACAGGACAGUGCAGGCAGUGGUGGAGCUGAAGAACAAACCCAGUCUCUGGCACAAGGCCAGAAAGAUGACUCUCUCGCCAGGACAGACGGACGUCAAGAUCGAGUUUCCUAUCCCCAUAGUGGCGUGUAACCUGAUGAUUGAGUACGCCGACUUCCAUGACAACCUGCAGGCUACCAGCGAGACACUUCAGUGCCCGCGGUGCAGCGCGUCUGUGCCGGCCAACCCGGGCGUGUGCGGAAACUGUGGGGAGAAUGUAUUCCAGUGUCACAAGUGCAGGGCCAUCAACUAUGAUGAGAAGGACCCGUUCCUGUGUAACGCGUGUGGUUUCUGCAAGUACGCCAAGUUUGACUUCACACUGACUGCCAGGCCUUGCUGUGCUGUGGACCCGAUAGAAACAGAAGACGACAGGAAAAAAGCUAUCACAACCAUCAACACCCUACUGGAGAAGGCAGACCGGAUCUACAAGCAGUUGCAGCAGCACCGGCCUCAGCUGGAGGAGCUCAUGGUGAAAGUGGCGGAGCACGGCGCCGAGCGGCGCGAGGAAGGGGCCGCCCUAGCGGCCACAGCGGGGUCGGGAGGCGCACCACAGGGACCUGCAGUGAACAGGGCCAUACAGCAUCUUGCACUUAAGUAUUGCAGCGACAGCAAGACGAGCUUUGAUGAGCUCAGCAAGAUUAUACAGAAAGUGCUAGCCUGCAGGAAAGAGCUGGUGGACUAUGACAGACAACAGCGGCAGGCCGUGGCUGUUAGCAGCUCACCCGUAACCAGUCCGAGGGAGUCAGAGAGCAUCAAACCACCUGUAAGAAGAGUCAACCAGUCUAGUGGACAGUUGAGCAACUGUUUCGGCUGUGCCAGCGCCACAGUAGAGCACUGUAUCACAUUGCUGAGAGCUCUGGUCACCAACACCAACCUCAGACAGAUCCUCUGUAGCCAGGGCAUGAUUCAGGAGCUUAUAGACUACAACCUGCGCCGUGGCACGCUGCCUGUGAGGUCAGAGGUUCGAUCCCUGCUUUGCCUGCUGACCAGGGACAACCGACGCGGCACCGAGGAGAUGAACAACAUCAUCAUGACUCGUAUUGCAGCCUCCGUCAGGGGUCACCUCUCCAACCCAGACCUGGGAUCCUCAGUGCGUCACGAGAUCCUGCUGUUGUCCAACUCACUGAGACAGGAGGACAGUUGCUGGGAGAGCAGAGUCAGAUGUGUGAUGCGCCUGUUCCUGAUGGGGAUGCAGAUGAAGCAGCCAGUUGUGAUGGAGAGUGUCACCCUGCCCUGCCUACGCAUCCUCAAGGACCUAAUUACACCUGAGAAGCUGCAGCCAGCAAAGACGGGGGAAGCCAAGCCAGGGGAGACCACUCCAACUAUGUCCCUGCCGGCAGAGUUACACGUGAACAGUCAGGAGUGGCUGCAGGGCAACCCCAAGUACCUGUACGCCAACUGGAGGAAGUGUGUACCCUCACAGACAGUAACUCAAAAGGUCCAGACACCGCCUGAAGCUAAGCCUGAAGGCCAAAAGGAAGAAAACAUUGAAAAAGCAGAAGAGGAGCCCAACCAAUCAGACGAGAGAGCCAGACAGCGUGUCAAAUUCCUAGCAGAAAAAUAUGCCACCAGAUGGCGCCACAGAAUGUGGAAAGUCCCGGGUGUGCCACUGAAGUUGACGCAGACGACAUGGCUCCAGGCUGCAAUGUUUUCACCAUCUUCUCAGUCGGCGCGUCAGACAGCAACCAGAGUCAUCGAGUAUAUGGCGCAAGUGCCCUUGCGGAGGAAGGAGAUCAUAGAUAUGCUGUCGGGGUGCCUUGAGCAGGUGGGUAGAGCUGGGGAGUGUGCCCAGGAGUUCUUGGCCCUGUUCAGUCGACUCAUACAGCCUGUACACUGGAAAUACUAUCUGGCUGUGAAAGGAAUGCUGCUGAAACUGGGGGACCUCAUAACUCGGGAGGUAGAGAAGCUUCAAUACCUGGAAGAAACAACACUUAGUUCUGACCUGGCUCUGGGCUUUGCACUGAAAUCUUUGACAGAGUUGCUGUCCCUGUUUGUGCAGCAGAAGCUAAUCAAGCAACACUACAAGAACAGACUGGUGGGAUAUGUGCUCAAUGGCUACCUGUCACUGAAGAAGCUGCUGGUGCAGAGAACCAAACUGAUUGACGAGACCCAGGACAAGCUGCUCGAGCUCCUGGAGGAACUCACGUCAGGUACAGAGUCAGAGACCCGUGAGUUCAUGCAGGUGUGUGUUGACACAGUGAAGAAGUAUCCCCUUGAUGACCAGGUGUCCCCCGUGUUCAUCUUUGAGAGACUCUGCAGCAUCAUAUUCCCUGAGGAGAAUGAUGUAGGUGACUUCUUCAUGAUUCUGGAGAAGGACCCGCAGCAGGAGGACUUCCUGCAGGGGAGGAUGCUGGGAAACCCCUACAGCUCAAGCGAGGCGGGGCUCGGGCCCCUCAUGAGGGACGUCAAGAACAAGAUAUGUCAAGACUGUGAGCUGGUGGCCCUUUUGGAGGAUGACACAGGUAUGGAGCUGCUCGUGAACAAGAAGAUUAUCAGUCUGGAUCUACCAGUGAAGGACGUCUACAAGAAGAUAUGGGCUCCAGAUCAUGGGGAGGGGGAGCCCAUGCAGGUGAUCUACCGGAUGCGAGGGUUGCUGGGUGACGCCACAGAGGACAUGGUGAACUCCCUGGACAACAACACGCAAGAGGAUGUGGACAAGGAGGAGGUGUACAGGAUGGCCAAUGUGCUGGCACAAGGGGGUGGACUGAGAGUCAUGUUGGACAGACUUGGCUCAGUGAAGGACCUCGUGCUGGGCAAGCCACUGAUGCUGGUCCUACUGAAGCUCUUCUCGUUCACCGUCAAUGUCAAGGUCAAUCGACAGGAGCUGAUCAAACCAGAGCUGAACACCAUCACCGUGAUGCUUGGGGCACUGAACCUGGCACUGUGGGCAGAGCAAGAGAGCGGCACUACGGCUACCAAGGGGCAGACAAUCACGGAGCAGAUACUGCAGAUCAUGGAGACUAUCCUGCUGGAGGCGAGCUCACAGUCAACUGACAAGUACACGGAGUUUUCCAAGCUGUGCGGUGACCAGGCCCAGCUGAUGAUGCUCCUGGAGAGGAUUAACUCCCCUUUCGUGCGCUCCAACACCAGCGUGCUGCAGGCUCUGAUGAGACUCAUACCCUUCCUGGCAUUCGGGGAGGAGGACAAGAUGUUGACACUCAUCAAUCACUUCAAGCCCUACCUGGACUUCAGCAAGUUUGACGAGGAGCAUACCCAAGAUGAGAAAGUCCAUCUCGACUGUUUCUGUACCAUUGCUGCUGCCAUACAGAACAAUGCCAAUGGUGUCCGCCUCAAGGACAUGAUAGUGGAGCAAGGCCUGGUACAGAUGUCCCUGGAUUACAUAAUGAAAAAUGCGCCCGAAAUCAAGACUCUCUUGGCAACUGACUCCGAGCUGUGGAAGGACUUCCUGUCUAAGCCUUCCCUCAACUACGUACUGAGGUUCCUCACUGGCAUCUGUGAUGGACACGAGAACACCCAGCUGUUGCUAGGUAACCACUUGAUCCCGAUACUUCACAAACUGGAGCAGGUGUCCUCAGAUAAACACAUCGGCACGUUGGCAGAAAACUUCAUGGAGACACUGAAGAAGAGUUCUGUAGUUGCUGGCAAGAUUGAGGAAGUGCGACAACAGACAAAGACAGAGAAGAAGCGUCUGGCCAUGGCUGUCAGGAAGAAACAGCUUGGAGCCCUGGGCAUGACGACAAACUCCAAGGGUCAGGUGACGGUGAAGUCAUCCGUGUUGAAGCAAAUGGAAGAAAUCAAGGAGGAGACCGGUCUCACAUGCUGCAUCUGCAGGGAGGGAUACCGCUACCAGCCCCAGAAGGUUCUGGCAAUCUACACUUUCACAAAGCGAUGCGUCUUGGACGAGUUUGAAAACAAGCAGCGGAAGACGAUUGGCUACACGACCGUGUCCCACUUCAAUGUCAUACAUGUGGACUGCCACACGGCUGCUGUCAGGCAUGCCAGAGGUCGUGAGGAAUGGGAGAGCGCCGCCCUACAGAAUGCCAACACCAAGUGUAACGGCCUGCUGCCUCUAUGGGGGCCACAGGUGCAGGAGUCUGCAUUCGCUACAUGCCUAGCCAGACACAACACUUAUCUGCAAGAGUGCACGGGCGUUCGUGACCCGAAUUACCAGUUCAGUGUUCACGAUGUGAAGUUGCUGCUGCAGAAGUUUGCGGAGGAGAAAUCAUUCAGUGACGACAGUGGCGGUGGUGGUAGACAGAGCAACAUGCACCUGCUGCCAUUCAUGAUGCAUAUGAGUCUCUAUGUCAUCAACACUACCCGUUCUAAUAGUCGUGAAGACAAGAAUUUGAACAAUUUCUUGGAGGCCCCUCGUGACAAGUGGAUUGACAGCUGCUUUGAGGCAGAGUCUGCCCCAUACUGGUGUGUGAUGGCCAGUCACCUGCUGUCCCCUGACCAAUGGAAAACCAAGAGGGUUCAGCUGUUAGAGCGACUUCUUGUUACAGCCCAUAUUCGAAAUGUGGGGUCACCAGGAAGUAAAACGGUGUCAGACAAGACUGUUAAGGAAUACGCAGUGUACAAACCAUAUCUGGUGUUGUUUGGUCUUGUUGAUGGAAUGUAUCGCUAUAUCUUCAAGAAUGUCACCAUACAAGAAGACGACUGGCCUCGCAGUCUGGCUGACUAUGUCCGCAACAGCGACAAGGCAGUGCUGGAGUCAUGUGACCGUCUGCUGGCUGCCUAUCAAGACGAGAUGUUGCCCUGCGAGUCUCUCGCCGAGUUUGCAGACGUACUGGAACUACUUGAGGACAUACCUGAUCCUGAUAAAUUCCUCAAUGAUGCCGUACAAUCAUUGCCGUAGUGUAUGGGUCAAAGGACAUCAACUUACAGCUUGGAUAUUUGACUAUUUAUAUGACUUUGUGGUUCAAUUUAUUUCAAAAAUUGUUUCAACUGUGCAUUCAUGCCUCCAAAGGUUAUUUUGUGUUGAUGUGAUUUGAAGCAACAAUGAAAAUUAUUAUGUAUUUGACAAAAACUGUCUGCUAAUAAAUGCCAUACUGAAGAAAAAAUGCAUUAAUUGAUUAACUGGACUGUUCUGUGUUUCCUGUUUCACCUGAAUUUUGUUUAUUUUUUUGUUUGUGAAUUUGGUAUUUUUUGUUUCCUUGCUGUGGAUUACAUGUAUAAUUAUCAGAAAACGAAUCACCGGUAAGGUGUUACUUAUUGAUGAAUCGGUCUAUAUUUUAAGUACAGAAAUGUUAACUUAUUGAUGAAUAAGUUUUAUAUUUUAAGUACAGGGUUGGUGGCAACUAUUGUCAAGUUAUAUGAUCUUUUGUUUAAUAUAAGUCAUGUUUUUGAAUUUUAUUUUGAUUUCUAAACAUGGUUAAUUAAAAAAUCAUUUAAAAACUUUACUAACGGAUUGAACUUCGGCUAUUCAUAUUCCUUGAAAUCAUAUGAACCAUGUCAAUUAUAACAAAGGAUAUGUUAUUAUCGUCAAUGUUUGGCAUAUUUUAGAAAAUCUAGUGGUAAAAACAAUAGACUGAAGGUUUGCAUGGACUCGACCUUUUCAUAAAUAUGUUAAUUGUUGCUAGCUAUUCUUUCAAUUAUUAAAUUCAAUUCCCUAUAUAUUAAGUAUCAAAGGUUUGUAUUGUUUAUUACGCAUAAUUGUUUCUUCUUAAAUAUAUACAUUGGUAUAUGAAGCCUUAUUAGAAAAAAAUAAUUCAAUGUGGCUUUUAUUGUAUUAUCGUUUUUUAUAUGUGCUUUUAUGUUAAUGAAAGACCUACGGAUACCAACAUGUAAGAUAAUAGAUGUCCAUGAAAAAAGUAUAAUACUGUAUACAUAUUUGUUUCUUUCCACCAUCGAAACUUAACAUAUUUUGUGCCAAUCCGAAACUUUUUUUGCUAUUCCAUGUAGAGUUUUGAGCAGAUAUUUUGCUUCAUUUGAUAAACAAAUGUUAUAAUCUCAGUGGAAAAAACAAAAACAGCUUUUUGACCUAGGACACGAUUUUAUUACGAACAAUAUAAAAAUUUUACAUGUAAAGCAGAUAUUGUAACCUUUACUUUGCUGUACGGUUUUCGAUAACGGAGACUACCUGGAUGAUUCUUCGUAGAUGAGCUUGUCUGGUGAAAUAUGGAUUAUGCGCUUAAUAAAUAAGUGUUCUUUCACAAA